AUGAAGAAAAAAAUACAAAGUAUAGAUGUAUUUAUAUGGGAUGAAUGUUCGAUGAUACCGAAAAUUGCUUUAGAAUUGAUCGACAGAACGUUAAAAGAUAUAAUGGAAGACGCAUCACCGUUUGGUGGGAAGACUAUAAUACUAGGUGGAGACUUCAGACAAGUUUUACCCAUUGUGAAACGAGGAGGUAAACAACAAAUAAUAGAGGAAACAAUUAAAUACUCUACACUUUGGAGUAUAUUUGAAAAAUUAAGCUUGAAAAAAAAUAUGCGAGCAAAGGAGGAUGCCGCAAAGUUUUCAGAAUGGUUACUCAAUAUAGGUGAUGGAGAAGUGGAGUUGUUUGUACCAGAGAAAGAAAUACAAAGCAACAAUUUAAUAGACGAUUUAUAUCCAAGAAAUUUGCCACUUGAUGAAUUAACAAACAGAGCCAUCUUAGCUCCAUUGAAUGUCGAAGUUAAUCAGUUAAAUACAGAGAUACUACGCAGAAUGGAUGGCAAUAUAUUCGAAUCAAAAAGCAUAGAUUACGCAACAUUACAAGGAAUUGAUACUGCAGAUGCAGCACUUGACGAAGAAGCUACUCUGCGAUAUCCAAUAGAGUAUUUAAAUGGAUUAACGCCAUCAGGUUUACCACCACACAAUCUACAGCUGAAAGUCGGAGCAAUUGUGAUGUCAUUGCGAAAUUUAUCAAUAUCAGAUGGUUUAUGCAAUGGAACACGGUUAGUUGUAAGAGAAAUGCACUCUAGAAUUUUGAUUGGUGAACUUCUAAUCGGAGAGCGAAAAGGGCAAAUAGUAGAAAUACCAAGAAUUAAAUUAGAUACGCGGGGAGACACAGAUAUGCCAUUUAUCCUCCAUAGGCGACAGUUUCCAGUCAGGUUGGCAUUUGCAAUAACUAUAAAUAAAUCACAAGGACAAAGUUUUGACCACGUGGGAAUAUUCAUUGACCGACCAAUCUUUGGACAUGGUCAACUCUACGUUGCAUUGUCACGAUGCAGGUCGAAGAAAGGUAUAAAAAUUCAACUGAAAAAAAAUGAAAAUGCAAUAAAGAACAUUGUGUACAAGGAAAUUAUUGAAUAA